AUGUUCAAGAGACUUGACCAGAUCACCCCGAAAGAUUGGACUGCAGAUCCAUACUUCAUGUGUUAUUUGUUAGCUCUUGCACAGCUCCAAGAGCGUCACUUCGGGCAUUUAGAGCUGCCUUCGUACACUGUCAGUCUCGAAAUUACAAGCCUGGCAGAUAAGGAAUGCUUGUUGUUUUGCGAGGCUGAAAUUUCGGCCGAGCUCCUUACUGGGUUGAAGGCUCCGGAGACUUCAGUAACUCCCGUGAAAUGGCCGGCCAUUCGUCGAAAGAAAAUCAAAUUCCGGCCUUAUGAGACCUUUGGAGAGCGGCUUGUCGCGGAGCUUAAAGCCCCAUUCCGAAACGAAGAUGGAACUAUCAAGAACAUCCGAUCGCAAUCACCCAAACAGUGUAACAGCGCAGACAACAAAAGGCCAUUCUCAUCUUCAAACCCAGAGGUAGAACCAGGGCAAAAGCGGCAUCGACAGGAAUGA